CUUUUCUUCACGCACAACACACACACUAAAACGUAAAACCCAAAACCAAAUUUCUGUAAUACACAGCACUCACUUUCACAUUCUAUAUCCGUUUCUCUUCUCUGUAUAAAUCUCCGCGUCAAUCCUUCCCCAAAACCUCACCAAGAAAACCCUAAUUACAGCUGAACAUAAUUCUUGAUUUGUGGAAACAACCCAUUUUUCUCAAUUCGUUGGUUAAUUUUAUUCCAACGCAAUUCAGUUAGGUUUUUUUUUUCUGGGUUUUUAUUUUUUGAAGUCUCUCGUCGCUGCAUUGGUUAAAUUUGCGAUUUUGAGCAUACCCUCUUGGUUAUUUGUGUUAAAGAUUUGAAUUAUUGUUUGUUUUCGUAGAUAAAUUAGGGUUUUUUUUUUUUGGGUUUUUGAUUUUGAAUUCAAUUGAUUUAUGGUGUUUGGGGUUCCCUGUAUCUGUACAAACACGUAGACCUAUAUAUACAUACACAUAUACAUACAUAUAUAUAGAGUUGUUCUGUGGAGUGGAGAGUGGAGAAGUAGUGGAAUGAAUAGUGUGUGCACUGAACAGAUACUCGCCGAAAAGCUUUCCAAGCUCAAUAGCACUCAGCAAUGCAUCGAAACUUUGUCACAUUGGUGCAUUUUCCACCGAAGUAAAGCCGAACUAGUCGUUUCCACAUGGGAAAAGCAAUUCCAAAGCUCGGAAAUGGCGAAAAAGGUACCUCUUUUGCACCUUGCAAACGAUAUCUUGCAAAACAGCAGACGGAAAGGGGACGAAUUCGUAACCGAGUUCUGGAAAGUUCUUCCUUCGGCACUAAAGGAGGUAGUUAAUAAAGGCGACGAACGUGAGAAGAAAGCUGCAUUAAGAUUGGUUGGGAUAUGGGAAGAAAGGAGAGUUUUUGGUUCGCAUGCUCAAAGCCUUAAAGAAACUAUACUUGGAGAAGAAUUGCCUCCGCCUUUAGAGCUAAAAAAGAAGCGCUCACGUUCGGUAAAGAUAGUUAGAAAAGAUUCCCGAUCUAUAAGAACGAAAUUGAGCAUUGGUGGAACGGCAGAAAAAAUAGUAUCGGCUUUUCACUCGGUGCUUAGUGAAAAUGCCAAUGAAGAUGAACAAAUGAGUAAAUGCAAGUCUUCGGUUCAUCGUGUCAAAAAGAUGGAAAAAGAUGUCGAUGUGGCCUUAACUAAAGCAAAGGAUCCGUCACGUAAGACUCUAUCGAAAGAUUUGGAGGAGGAAGAGAAUCUUUUGAAAGAAUGCAUCGAAAAACUAAAAGCUGUUGAAACGGAUAGAGUUGCUCUCGUUUCUCAGCUACGAGAUGCUCUUCUUGAGCAGGAAUCUGAGCUGGAGAAUCUUCGGACACAGAUUCAGGUAGCUCAAGCUCAGGUAGAAGAAGCCGAACUAAUGCGUAAACACUUAAACGAAGACCGUACAUUUGAGCCAAAAAAGUCAAACCCACCAACAGAAAAAGUCAAUGGAAAAUCGGCCCAACAAAUCGCAGCAGAAGUAGCCGACAGAUUAGCAGCCUCCACCUCAUCUCAGUACAUCAUGACAUCUGUCCUCUCGACUUUCGCGGCCGAAGAAGCCAAAAACGCCAGCCUAACAACUUCUUCAUCGGGCAAUAAUCCCCCGCAGCAGCAGCACAAUCCUUAUAAUAUGGUGCAACCUCCGCCUCAAAUCUCGAAUUCUCAAGCCCAUUACAUUCACUCGAUCCCGAAUCCACCUUAUAAUAUGGGGUCGUACGAUUACAACGGUGGUCUUGCGCUGCAAACCGGUCCACCUGCACCAGCGCCUCCAUACAUGGUAAGCCCUAUGGUGCCUUUGAUGCAGCAGCAGGCACCUCAGAUGCCACAUCAGCAGCAGCAGCCGCCACCUCAGAUGCCACAUCAGCAGCCGCUGCCACCUCAGAUGACACAUCAGCAGCAAAUGGUGACAAUGGGCCAUCAGCAACAACCGCAGGGGCCAGCUAGUUUUCGAGCUGUGGGUCCCAUGCAGGCGGCACCUGGGAUGGUCUAUUACACCCAUCCGUACGGUUCGCAGUGACGGUGUUUUGACGAAACUACCCCUCGGAAUUUUUGUUUGGUUAGAUGACAUAGUAGAUAUAGAUGAAUCGUGUAUUGUGGGUGCGAAUAGGGUUUUUCGAUUUUUUCUUUUUUUUUUUUGUUUUCAGGACAGGAUACUGUUUGAUGUUUCCAUAGAUGUGUUUGUAUUCUUGUUGUAAGAUUAUGUGACUCUGAGGGAGCUGACAUUUUUCUAAAUGCUAUUUUCAGACCAGAACUAUCACUUUUCGAGAAUUUC